GAUCCAGUGAAACCGGAGCAUCUUUAUCUGGAUAUUCCAGCCACCAGAAACAUUAGGAUUCACACUGGACAGUUCGCGUUGCAUAUUUCCAUGGGCUCAGAGCGGGUGGAGAUGCGUAAGAGACAGAUGCAGGUUCAUCAGGAAGCAGCUGCCAGUGUCCUCCAAGCGCGCCACAGAAUGGGAAACACCCCCACCACCAACGCCUCAAACGCCUGCUGCUUCUGCUGGUGCUGCUGCUGUAGCUGCUCCUGUUUGACUGUUAGGAGUGAGGACGAGACAAUUCAGAGAUCCACUUUUGAACACAGGACAGAGGGAAUAACUAACUGUGAAGAAAGCCCGAAGCCUACUCUGGAAGACGCCCGCUCCUGGACGAUGUCGUUUGAGAAGGUGAUGAAAAGCGCGGCGGGUCGCGGCUGCUUCAGGCAGUUCCUGCGGACAGAGUUCAGUGAGGAAAACAUGAUGUUCUGGCUCGCCUGCGAGGAACUCAAAAAGGAGACCAACAAGACUGUGGUGGAGGAGAAAGUCCGUCAAAUAUACGAGGACUUCAUCUCAAUCCUUUCCCCUAAAGAGGUCAGUCUGGAUUCUCGCGUUCGGGACGUGAUAAACCGCAACAUGCUGGAGCCGACCUCGCACACAUUCGACGACGCUCAGCAGCAGAUCUACACGCUGAUGCAGAGAGACUCGUACCCCCGCUUCAUAAACUCAACCGCGUACACAGAUCUGCUGAAGAGCCUGGAGGAGCCUCCCCCUGAGCCAUAGACUCUCCACUGCCACACACUUAGCUUUUCAAAAUGGCGCAUGCGUCCCACCCGAAGGAGUUUUGUGUUCCUCUUGGAGUCCUGCUAUUUAGAGAGACAGACAGGAAAAUGAACACUACUUAAAACCGGUCUUUAUCCAGCUGUAACUGCUGUUUAUUUACCCAUGAUUAGCUUACCAAAAUCCUUGGAGCAAGCAAGAACAAAUGCUAGGUCCAGCAUCAGUUACUUGUUCGAAAAACAUAUCUAUAUUUUUAUAUAUUCCCUAACGCUUGACAUUGCACUUUUCUACCUUGUUUAAUGAGGGAAAGCAUGUAUCUGUGAGCACUGCAUCUGUAUUUAGGUAUAUUGUGAGCCUUAAUGCAUAUCCAGUUCUUGUAGAAACUAGUAGUUAUUUAGCGGUAACUUAAGAAGAAGGAAAGUGCCUUGGAAUAAGAUCUUCUACACUAGCACCUUUGGUCUAACAUGAAUGGUGCGACAAUGACUUCAUAUGUUGGUGCUUUCAGCUCUUCUCAAAGAUAAACGUUUUUACAUCUCAAUGAGCUGAUACCCGGAAAUAGAUCUUGUCUGUGUUUCAAUACUGUGAUAUUAGUCAUACAAUAUUUAAUUUAAACUAAACAGGGAAAAAUAAACUGAAUACAUGACCAUGACCACUGAUAUAUUUGUGUAUUUAAAAAGGAAUUUGUGUGAAAUAGCUGAAUUCUCACAGAUUAAAUAAAGCACAAUCGUAUGUUGUUUUUGCUGUGGUGUGUCAUGAACAUUAACAAAAUACUCUUAUUCUUUCUUAAGGUAAAACACAUUAUUUGACAGGUUUCCUACAUGGAUUGCAUAUUAAGCUGCCUUAACAUUAUACCUUUAUUGUCAUCUCUGCAUAUGUGCUCUGUUUUCAAGUCAUUUAUGUUGAUUAGCUAAUGUAAUAUUCUACAAAUAAGAUGGUUAUUUGUUUUGAUUUGUUGUUUUGUGAUGUCAAAAACACUGAAAAAUACCCACCACAUGUUACAAAAAGCUGAAGUUAAUGUCUAAGUUGGUAGUUUGGCUCAACGACAAAUCCUAGACUCCAAAAGUAUUCAAUUUACAAUAAUUUAAAACAUAGAAAAUCAGGAAAUCCUUAUAUCUAAGACCCUACAAGCGACAAAUGUUUGGUGUUUUUUCCUUGAUAAAUGCCUUCAUUAACUGUGCUGAUUAAUUGACUAAUAAACUAAUUUCAGUACUACUACAAAUAGACAUUAAUUAAAAACAUUUAACAACAGGCCAUUUAUUGUAAGAGUAAGUAUUAAAACAUAAAGUAUAGCCCUAUUUAUUACCUCCGCCAAGGAGGUUGUGUUUUGACCUGUGUGUGUUUGUUCUGUUGUUUGUUUGUCAGCAGGAUUAGGCAGAAACCACU